UGAUCCUGGAAGUCUCUUUCAACCUUAAUAAUUCUAGGGCUCUCUGAAGGGGCUAGUUUGGGUGUAAGCAUCUGCUGGGGAAAUUACGGCCCCUCUGUUUGGGUUUCAGCCUCAGCCUGGCGGGGCAGGCAGGCGCCAUUUUUGUUUCAGUCAGAGGCUCCCGGAACAGAAGACGGCGACCGGCAACACGCUUCCCACUCUCCCUACAGCAGCUGCCGUGAAAGCCGCCUGCCUGACAUGCUCUGCUUUUGUAUGAGGGGGGCAGCUGCUGCUGGCCUGGCCCCAGCCUUGUCGGCCGCUCCCAGGGGGGCUGCCGGCAGCUCCCUCCACCCCCUGGGAUUUCCUCACUGCAGAAGCGGCCCCGUGCGCCGCCAUUUCCCGCUGCGCUGCGCAACGCGCCUGCCCCACAGCUGGUCGCCUCAGCAGGUCUUUUCCCCCGAGCUGCUCUGCAGUUCAUCAGCCUGUAACCUUGCAAGGGGUUCCACUUGCCUAGGGGCGUGCCUCUGCAUUGGUCCUUGCUGCUUUUCAUUGUUUUGCUCUUGGCCUGUUCCCCCUAAGCCUUGGUUGGUCCCUCCAGGCAGCAGUCCUGCCUUCAAGCACAAUGCCUGGUCCUCCUGGUUUGCUCUUUGCAGGUCGGUGCAACCUUGUCCGGGGCUGCAAGAGGGGCCAUGUGCAGUGGCAAGCUGCAGACAGGUUUGCUGGUGGCCGGCUACUUCGUCUACUUGCUGGUGGGUGCAGCUGUAUUCCAGGCACUGGAGAGGACCGCUGAAAAGCAGCAGAAAAUGGCAGCCGCCCAGAUGAAGGAGGCAUUUCUGCAGAAUUUCCCCCACCUCACAGUGGCAGAGAUGGAACAAUUUAUGAAGAACCUGACUGAAGCCAUUCAGAAUGGAGUAUACCCUGUUGGAAAUGAAUCACAGACUGAAAACAGCAACUGGGAUUUCAGCAACUCCUUCUUCUUUGCAGGCACAGUGGUCUCCACAAUAGGCUAUGGCACUCUCCGUCCUAAAACUGCUGGGGGACAGAUCUUCUGUGUCUUUUUUGCUCUCUUUGGAAUCCCUCUGAAUAUUGUUUUUCUGCACCGUGUUGGUAAGAUGCUCUCGCUGCUGUGUAAAAAGCUGGGGAAAUUCCUGUACGAGAAAGGAAUGAGAAAGAAGAAGAUCAAAUUUCUGACCCUUUUGUUCUUUUUGGCCACCGGGAUCCUAGUGUUUCUGUGCUUGCCGUCACUCUUCUUCCAGAUAACAGAGGGCUGGUCCUACAGCGAAGGAAUUUAUUUUGCAUUUAUCACCCUCAGCACCAUUGGCUUUGGAGAUUAUGUAGUAGGUAAACAACCUGGCAGGAUUUAUUUUUCCUACUACCGAACACUUGUGGCCAUUUGGAUUCUUUUUGGCCUUGCUUGGAUUGCUCUCCUAUUUAAUUUAUUGACAACAGUUCUAGAAGAUACUGAAAAAAUAAUUGUCAAGGAUCUCCAUCAAAUUGUAAAGGUGAGUAAGGACAAUGAAGCAAGCCAACCAAGAAGAUGCUGGCCUGCUCAUUUUUUACCAGAAGAAGAAGUAAUACCACCAUGUGCUGGAGGGGAUGCACAGAAAAUGGAGUCAUUAGCAGCAGGUUCUGAACAAACAAAAUAAUAAGAACAAUGUUUUUUACUUAUAGCCAAAAAUACUGCCAUUACAUAUGGAGAUUGAAGUCUUCGGUGGAAAAUUGCUAGUGCAUUAUUCUAAAGAAAUUCCCAUGGAAAUAAAAUUUCUCCUACCUUUUGCUGAAAUAUGACCUUUCCAAACCCAAGACUUAUAGUUACACAGACACACAGUAUUAAUGGUAAGAAAUUUGCUCUUCAGUUUGCAGCCAUAAUGUGCUAAAACAUGACAAGUGCUUUCAUUUUGCAAGGCUUUUUUUUUUUUAAGGUACCUUCGUAAAAAUGCAGAGGAGGGUCAUGGCAGAGCUAGCUGUUUGUGUUCAAGUUUUUCUGCUUGCAAAAUUCACGUCUCUUCCAGGAACUGAUAUGAACAAGCUUUCUGAGUCAUUGCAUAGCACUAGGUUGGAAGAAGAAAUACAAGCAUAUAACUGAAUAGGUGCCUGAUUUGAACCGUAAUAUUGGAUAAACUAACAUGAUCUGAAAGACAUGUUUGAAGGACAAGACCUGGGUGCAGUUCAGAGACUCUAGAGGCAUCUAAUGAACAGGGUUAGAAAAAGGUUAGCUGUGUUAGAAAUUAUUAAUUCUACCUCUUUCUGUUUUAUAUGAAGAUGAAUAAAGAUGAUUCCAAGUUCUGUC